AAUUCGGGUUGCUAACUUUCUGAAAACAUAGCGCCGUAAAAAAGCACACAUUACCUUUUCCGGUGACAAUAUUCCUCAAAAAGAAAACGCACUUGUUGUUUGCAAUCAUCAAUCUUCCAUUGACAUUUACUUGAUCAAUUCCAUUGCCACUAGAAGAGGCAUGUUAGACAACUGCAAAUACUUUGUCAAGGAUUCCAUCAAAUAUUUACCAUUUUUUGGUUGGGGUAUGUGGUUGGCAGGAUUCAUUUAUGUGCGUCGUAAUUGGACCGAGGAUCAAAAGAAAAUCCAGUCAACAUUUAGUAGCAUGAAACGACUAGAGACACCAGUUUGGAUUAUAAACUAUGUUGAAGGAUCUCGGGUUACACUAAAGAAGCUCUACGACGCUCAAAACUUCUCCCGACAAAGAGGAUACCCUGUUAUGGACAACGUACUGUUACCGAGAACCAAAGGUUUUGUUUCAUGUGUCAACGAAUUUAGAGGGUCGCAUGUGAAUUACGUGUACGAUUUUACAAUUGCUUAUAGACACCGACAACAUAAAAAGAUGUUUAAUCAAGCACCCAGUAUGGUGCGUAUCCAUGUUCACUCUUUAUGGCCGGAAUAUGAUUUCCAUGUUCACUGUAGAAGAUUUGCCAUCAAGGACUUACCACAGGACGAAGAAGAGUUGGGUAAUUGGUUAAGAGCUCGUUGGGCCGAAAAGGAUAAGAUCUUGUCUAUCUUGCGUGAGAGUUGGACUGAUGGUUUAGAUAAGAAAUCCAUAUGGAAGGAGUCCUCCUGGUGAGGAUCAUUUUAGUUAAAUAGCUGAUGAUAUGUCUGUGAUAUCCGUCCAUUUUUUUUUUAUUUGUCAUUGAAUCAAGGAAUUAAAUGAACAACUGGGUAUUAUAACCCCACCUCUUAUUAUGUCAAAGAAAUCACAUGUCUUUGGCAAGUGUCAGGCUUUUGUAAAUCAUCCAU